AUGGUACUCAUCUUUGCACUAGAGCAGGAGGAUGUUACUAAAAGAGAACGAAUAAAACCGGCGAUGUGCCAUUUCGUUCCUCACAGUCAAAAUGUCGCUUUAGCUUGCAACGCUGCGGCUCAAAAACCCUCAGAGGAAAGUAUUAGUAAUGCCUUAUUAUCAACUGGAGUUCCUAAUAAUCCGGAUUUUUUCGUGACCUACUAUGACCUUUGCAUAGGAAACACUGAUGAAGAGAGCCCUAUUAUUGAAAAAUUUUACUUAAAUAUUUCCGUAAGUGUUGGGAAACGUGAAAAUGUUACUAUUGUUAGCCGUGGUACACAGGGGGACAGGUACUUUGAGAAGCUCUUAUUGAACCUGUUAGACACCAUCCAACUCACCGCUGAAUAUGCCAUGCAGCUUGUGACGGAUGAAAUUGCCAAGGAAAAACAGAUGCAGCGCCUUCUCCAACUUGAAGGUGAUGGCCGUAGCGCUAUGAAGGAAUCAAUAAAGGGAUCUUCAGAAUCCAAUAGAUCUCACACUGACAUAAAAAGAGAAGCCUUACCUAUUUCUAAGAAAUUGAUCCGAAAAUUACAAUCGUUGAACGAGACAUAUCCUCAUAAUCAGGGAUAUGUGACCAACGGUCGCAAAUCUAAGCGUAUGCUCUCGUCCUGCAGUCGAUACACACUAAUUUCGGCUUUGCACACUUCUGAUCUGAUUCCACCCUGCACCAAAGGUUCUCUUUUAACACCCGAGGCCUUUGUCAGGAAUCCACCUGUGCUUCACUUCACAAGCCAUUCCUGUUCUGUGUUAGGUAGUCGCGAUAGAAAUGUUCGAAGACAUUCUUAUCUUUAUUCUCAACAAAAUAGAAAAUCCAUGCUAUUACUUCUUGGUAAGCUUCAAACCAAAUGUCCAAAUACUCCUCCUGAACCCCUCAAAGGAAAUGGAUGGGGUACAUCCAUGGUGACAUAUCACUUUGAUGGUGAAAACUCUGUCAUGGCUUUACCAGGUGUACCUUACUUCAAGGAAGUAAUUCGGUCGUUCGCGCUCGAUUUUUGGAUGCGAACAGAUUGCACUGUUUCAGAAGGGAAACGCGUCCUAAUUCAGAUUAUGGAUGGCCAAAAUGAGGAGAAAGGGCAACUCUUUCAAAUAUCACUCAAUAAUUAUGAUAAAAUGAAGGAGUCCAUUCGACUCUUCGCACGAGAUUCCGCAAAUAGGGUCUUGGAGGCUCUUGUUUCGCUCGACGACUUCCCACAGGUCACUUCUGGCACAUCAUUUCAUCACAUUUUAUUCACCAUUCAAAGUCUCGACGAAGGAUUGGUUCAAUGCCUCAUAGACGGCCGUCCGGCGAAUGUUCAGAUGCUUCAACAAGAACACCCUAUUGCAUUUAACUCAUGGCAACAUCGCUUGUUUAUUGGAGGCUUCCUUAAUGAAAAUAAUAAUCCAACGUCAGUGUUUCGAGGGACCCUCUUGGAUUUGCGCUUUUGGUCUGAUGGGGAGGCAAAGAAACUGCUGCUUUUUUGGCGCCUUUUUGCGGACACGAGCGGCAAACUCAUAGAGUUAACUAAGGUUAUACCAGCUGAUCAUCAUGAGAGCUUACUCUCCUUAAAACAAGUAGAGGAACCUGUUCCGAAAAUUUCGCCGUAUUUUGAUGGUAAUCUUUCAAUGAAUAUAGGGACCAUGUCACUAUGGGGUGAGCUUAUGCAGAAUUGGCGCCUAGAGAUAACCUUUCGUACCGAUUUCUCCACGAGCAUUAUGUCACUUGUUGGUGUAACAGACCAAAAGUACAAGAUGCAGGAGUUCGGUAUCGUUUUUAAUGCAGAACCACUUUUUCAGAAAGAGAGAUUUCACUUUCACGAAUUUAAUGUGACUUUUUACCUUGUAGAUGCGUUCGGUGCGUGCUGCUCUGCUCUUCUACGCGGUUCUGAACGACAAAGUCUCAUGGAUGGUGAGUGGCACACACUAGUUUGGAAGUGUGUGGACAGCGAAUCUAACAAGUUCCUCGUUUUAGUAGAUGGAGCUCCACAAGAACUUUUGUAUGUUGUUCGUGAGGGACCUAACCGUUUUGUCGAAUUUGACAACUGGAUUUGCGUAGGAGGGCAUAAUGUUCGAAAUUGGAAGGUGAAACGUCCCUUCAUGGGUCAAAUAGGAUGCUUUUAUCUUUCACUAAGAGGCAAAAUUUACACUACAUUGAACAUGGAUGAAGGGCCUGGGGCAUACGUUAUGCAGGAUCGCUCUGGUAAUCAAAAUCACGGACUGCUUAUUAAUCCCAAUACCGGAUCUGUUCGUAAGAAUGAUGUUCUUUGGAUGCCUGGCAAGGAUAAAAAAUCCGAAGAGGAGAGAUCAGAUAAUCGCAAGCUUGAUUUGAUUGUAUAUAAAAAUAAUCACGUGUCAAUUGCCGUGGUAGUCUUUACGUGCGUAUUUGACUCUACCGGGACACCACGAGAAGCCAUUGAAGAUACAAUUCAUGGUAAAAUAUACAGCCCUCAGAUAAUACCUGACGAUAGUGAUGCAGAGGGCAACUCCUUCAAGAAGAAUUCCUGGCGUGCAUGGCGCACUAUCCCCGAUGAGUGUUUCAAACCACUGGAUACUAUUGUGCAGCUUGAGGAAUCAUUUAACGCUGUGUUGUCUUCACCACGUGUACAAGGUCAUCUCAUGAUAGUCGUCAGAAUAGGCGACUGUAAUGUAUGUUUGCUUCAUUUGUGCGACCCAGAGCUUCCCCCCGAUGCUAUCUACGAUCAAAACAUGCUUAAGUGGCGCUACUCGUAUGUUGUUCAGGGCUGCCACGGCCGCCGUGAGUUAAUGUUAAAUCGUAUGGUUGAGAGCGUGGAGAGUGUUCUGCUGGCAACAACCAUGACACCCAAGGUGACUUCUCGCCUUGGACCUCUAAACGCUAUUCCUGGAGUUCCUCUUCUUUCAGAUGAUAUUGCUAAAACGUUAGUUGGGAAGGGAAAGCCAUGGUUUUUGGCCACCAUCUUGCAUUCGCAGCUCCUAAAUUUUAAAUACGGUUCGAACUUACACGUAUUUCAUCGUUUGAGUCCAUCUAUGACAUCCGACCAGGCGGCUUCGAUCUUCUUAUUUAGCAAGCGUCUCCAUGACGGGGCUAGAGAGAAGGCUUCCAUUGUGAUUCAGCGAAAUUGGCGUAUCAAACUGGCGAAGGAUGAUGCACUAAACCGUAAGCAAAUUCGUGAGAUCCAGGAGCGAAAACUUGAGGAAAUACGUGUUUUGCGUACAAACCCACAAGUACAAGCAAAAGAGGAGUUGUAUGCGCUUCUGAUCACGUUUCACCACGUAGCAUGCCCUGCGUUGCCACCGAUAACGGCUGACACCGCAGAUUUGGAGGAAGUCCUUAGUAAACAAGGUUAUAAAGUAGAGCUUCUCGCAGAUCCGACUUUUACACAAUUGAUGGAAGCGAUUUCGCACAUCGAUCCCUCCAACUCCAACUUCAUUUACAUAAGCGGAUACGGCGGUCAGUUGAGUCUACGACAACCUCUUUUAGUGGAAUUACAUAGCCUGCACAUCACGCUUGAAGAAGGGGCUUCAAGAGCUGCAAUAGAAAGGGAGGAGGGUGCAGCCUUCCGCUCAAUGAUAUUGCAGGCUAAAGAUGAAAAUGAGAGUAUCAAGCCUCGUAAAAAAGAAAAAAAGGGUAAAUCAGCAAAAGCAGUUAGCUACAAAACGAAAAACUCUGAAGAGCUGGAAAUGAAGGUACAACAGCAAGCCAUUAUGUUUCAAGCUGCUCAGGCUGACUUUGAACAAGAGUUUCUUUCUUUCCGUAGUGCGUUUCUCACAGAGUGUGAGAUGGAGUUUCAAAUGAUUCUUCGCGUAGCAAGGCAAGCAGUUGUCAUGACCCAAGAGUACGAACGAAAAUUUAAGCAUGUGGAAACACCUCAGAAUUAUUUGUAUCCACGUGAAAGUGUACUGAUUGAACCGUAUGCAAACACUGCAAUUAAUGUUGAGACUAUCCUGCGAGCUGCCCUUCGUCAGUCUUCUGUGCCAGGAUUUCAGUGUGUAGUUGCAAUUGAUCUUGAACCAGUUGUUUCUUUUUCCUGUGGCUUUGCCUGUCUUGCCAGCAGUACGGGUAACAUCCUUCGGAUGCCGUAUGGGCCUCAACAGCGCCGCAUACUUUCGUGGUCAUUAGUGAAGGCUUUUGAUGGGCACGCACCAAGAGUACCAGCUUCUAUAUACUCUGUUCUUUCAGGCGGUAUUGACACCAACGACUCUCAGCGGGACUGGAAGUCUUUUGCAAAAUAUAUCGUUGCUAAAAUGAAACCUGCAUGCUCUGCAGAAAGUUACAAUGCUAUGUGCUUCGAACUUGCAAGGGAAGUACCCUUCGUAGCGGAAUUAAUCCCAGUACGCGAUGUGUUGAUGACAGACAAACUCAAAGAGCGUGUGCGGCGCGAGCGCGAUUCACAACUUGUUACUGCACAACUCACUUUUGGUGUUAUCAGUACCAAAGUUCAAGGGGAUAUGUUUUCUCUUUUCAAGCCCAUUUUGGAUAGCGUUGCUAUCUCUGAAAUCACCCUUACAAAUACUAUUUAUCUUAUUCUUUCAAAUAUGUCCCGAAGCAUCGAUGGUGUCUUGCUUAGCGAUGUAGCCGCUAAAAUUGAAGAAUGUCGUCCGCUUGAAUCAGAUGGUCUCAAGUUCAUCGUAGGAAAAUCGCACCAUGGUAUUGAAGUUCGUUUCACCCUACAAAUUCCCAAACAAAGACUUGCUUUGAAUACAUGGCUUAGUAACAUCACGGUGCGUAGCCUGAAAUGGCAAAUUUCACUGAACCCACUAUACGGAUAUAAUAAAUUAGAUGUGAGUUAUGUUGAAUAUUUGUACUCACUCAAAACAACAUGUUAUCUACGACACUAUAGAAAAUUGUUAAAACAAUCAUAUAUCAACCCCAUGCCUAGUCAUUUGGUUCGUUUUCUAAGUACGCAACUCGUUAAGACCAAAUAG